UAUUAUUAUUAUUCUCAACGUCUCAGGAUGUCUGAUCUCAAGUACGUCCUCUCGCUGGAUGUGGGCACAACUGGCAUCCGGGCCGUCGUUCUGGAUCAGCACACCAAAGUGCAUGGCUCGUCCUAUGUCAAGACCAUCCCGAUCUACCCGCACCCUGGCUGGAUUGAAAUGGAUCCCGAGAUUCUGUGGUCGCAGUGCAAGCAGGUCAUCACCGAUGCUAUCAAAGCGUCCAAGGUCCCAGCAGCUCAGAUCUCGUGCUUGGGCAUCACCACGCAGCGAAACUCGUUCACCAACUGGAAUCGCGACACUGGCAAGCCCCUGCAUAACUUUAUCACUUGGCAAGACUUGCGUGCGGCCAAGCUUUGCCGCGAGUGGAAUUCGUCCUUUUCGAUGAAGUCCGUCACGACGGGUGCCAAGCUGGCCCACACGUUCACACGCGCCUCGCGCAUGAAGGCCGCCAGCUCGUUCACCUUCACGACGGUGCAGGUUUCCAUUCGCCUUGCGUGGAUCUUCCAAAACAUUCCCGAAGCGCUGCCGAUGGCCAAGGCAGGCAAGCUCAUGUUCGGCACCGUCGACACGUGGCUGCUGUACAAGUUCUCCGCCGGCGCCCUUCACGCGACCGAUUACUCCAACAUGAGCUCGACCGGCCUGUUCGACCCCUUCCAAAUGGGCUGGAACGACUUUGUGAUCAACAUGCUGUCCAUCCCGCGCAGCAUCUUUCCAGAGAUUCGCGACACCAGCGGCACUUUCGGCUCGACGGAAGCCUCCCUGUUCGGCGCGCCCAUCCCAAUCACUGCGGUGGUUGCGGAUCAGCAAAGCGCCCUGUUCGGCGAGUGCUGCUUCAAGCGUGGCGAUGUCAAGGUCACGAUUGGCACUGGCAUGAUGAUGGACAUUAACACUGGCUCCAAGCCCCACGCUUCCGACAAGGGCCUCUACCCGCUUGUCGCAUGGAAGAUUGGCGACGAGGUUGUCUUUCUCGCCGAGGCGGUCGCAUCUUCUGCUGGCUCCAUGAUUGAAUGGGGCCAACGCUUUGGCUUGUACCAGGAGCCUGGACAGACGCAGGCAAUGGCAGAGUCCGUUCCUGAUUCGGACGGUGUCUACCUCGUGCCCGGUUUCAACGGCCUGCAGGCGCCGUACAAUGACCCCAACGCGCGCGCUGCAUUCAUGGGCCUGACCUUUGGCUCCACCAAAGAGCACUGCGUUCGCGCGCUGCUCGAGGCGAUCGCGUACCAGUUCAAGCAAUUGUUUGAUAUUCUCAAGACGGAUGUUCCCAUCCGCCUCAACUCUGUCCGCAUGGACGGCGGUGUAUGCCGCAACGCCUUCCUCCUUCAGCUGUGCAGUACGCUGACCCAAACACCGCUCGACAUUGCAGAGACGCUUGACAUGACUGCAUUGGGGUCUGCCUUCCUUGCGGGCCUCGCGGCGGGCAUCUGGACCUCCCGAGACGAGCUGUCUGCUCUGCGCAAGUCCCAGCGUGUCUUCCAGCCGCAACCCCUGUCGCAGGCUGUCCGCGACACCUUCCGCUUCUGGGAACGCACUGUGCAGCGCUGCCUGAGCUUUGAUCUGAAGGGCAGCUACUUCCACGACCCCGCCAACGACAAGCCCGGAGCAGCGCUCGACCGACAGGAGUCGCUUCGCUCCAUGCACGCUCCCAAGGCUUCAACCAGCGGGGCAGCGUCCGCCAGCAAGCCGCACACCAAAGCGCGAGAGGAGACGUACCAAGGCGGCGUCAAGCGCGCUGCCGUGUCGGAUUCCGUCGUGUCCUGGAGUGCCGAUUUCCCCAACUACUCACCGACGGACUACACUGCUCCUGUUGUGCUGAGCAAGCCGGCUUGGGCGGAUGUCGACGUUCGUACCGAAAAGGCCGACCUCAAGUUCAACGCCGUGGAUGGCGCUGUGGACCGCACCAGCUUUGAAGGCACCUACCAGAUCGUUGAUGGUCUCCCUCGCAACCCCAAGGGCCGCACUGGUCUUGCAGGGCGCGGACUGCUUGGACGAUGGGGCCCCAACCAUGCCGCAGACCCGGUGGUGACGCGGUGGCAGCGGGACGAGAGCGGCAAGCAAAUUCUUGUCGACGGCAAGCCCGUCUUGGAGUUUGUCGCCAUCAAGCGCAAGGACAACGGCCAAUGGGCCAUUCCUGGCGGCAUGGUGGAGCCCGGCGACACGGUCUCGGCCACCCUCAAGAAGGAGUUUGGCGAGGAGGCCAUGAACUCGGUCGAAGCGUCCGAGGAGCGCAAGAAGGAGCUCGAAACUCAAAUCGACCAGCUGUUUGGCAACGGCGUGACCGUGUUCAAGGGCUAUGUCGACGAUCCACGCAACACUGACAACGCCUGGAUGGAGACGGUCGCCGUCAACUUCCACGACGACACCACCGUGUUUGAGGCCUUCAAGCUCCAGGCUGGCGACGAUGCCGGCGCCGUCAAGUGGGUUGCCAUUGACCAGAGUCUCGCGCUGUAUGCCUCGCAUGUGGACUUUGUCCAAGCGGCUGCCAAGCUUCACAACGCUCACUGGUAGAAGACCCAUUUUUUUCUGUCACCUGUUUCUUGUGCUUGUUUGUUGUAUUGUGUGCUUUUUUUCGUCGCAUGCCGCUGGUCGUUUCGGUUUUGCAUGGUUGAUCUUGACGUUUUUUUUUGUUCAAUGAUGACGAGACUGCUGUUCACCAAAGCGAA